UUCCUUUCCUUUGUUACAAAAAUCUGCAAAGGCAAAAGAAGAGAGAAAAAUGGCGUAUCAUCUUUCUUGUGCAAUCACACCUCGCUCACCUGCUCUACACUCUAGACCCAAUCUGAAGCUGGCGAGCUUUCGUGUGAGAUGCGUCUCCGAAUCCUCCGACACCUCCUCCUCCUCAGCUGCUGAUGCCUCGCCCGAACCUAUCACGAAAAAGAGUGAAACUCAGUUGACUUCACGGAGACUAUGUGUAGCGUGUUUAGCUUCAUCAAUGGCUUUAAUAAGCAAUUCGACUACUUCCCAUAUGAAGGCAGAUGCACUUGCUCCUGACUUCAAAGAAAGACCCGUGUGUCGCAACUGUAUGGGCAGUGGUGCUAUCAUAUGUGAUAUGUGUGGUGGUACAGGAAAAUGGAAAGCUCUAAACAGAAAACGGGCUAAAGAUACCUACGAGUUUACUGAAUGUCCAAAUUGUUAUGGCCGGGGGAAGCUUGUAUGUCCUGUUUGUUUAGGUACCGGUUUACCCAACAACAAAGGUCUUCUUAGGAGACCUGAUGCCAAGCAACUGCUUGAUAAGAUGUAUAAUGGAAGACUACUUCCAAACUCAUAAGGUUAUUAAUGAGCAAUGGUAUAUAGAAGAUCAAAUACAUGCGUAUAUAGGAGCAACUUCUAUGCAAAAACCUUUUUGGAAGAGACAAGUCGGACAACUCUUACUCGAGCAGCUGCUGAGAUAUCACAUACACAAUCCAACUUUUUUCAUCUAUAGACUCGGUAGAGGAAACAUUUUAAAUAUGUAUUAUCUUGAAAGCAGGGUUGUUAAUCUCCUUAUAAUUUGUGAAGAAUUGAGGUCUGGUUUAGAUAAGAUGAUCUUUUUGUUA